ACAGAUAAAUCUAUAUACAUUUUUAUAAAAUAUAAUUUCAGAGACAUCAUCUUUUCUCCACAGGGAACGGACAGUUGACCCAGUUUUGUUCUGUCACACGUCAUUAAGAAGAGGCGCGUUCGCGCUCCAGCGCUCACCUGCAGCUGUGACGGUCACGCGCACAGCGAGGUGGUGGCAAGGAGUUGCGCGCUCCCGUCUGCGGGCAUGCUGCCCGGUUACAGCGCGGCGCGCCCCUAAACCUGCACACACCGCACGCGUUCCAGGGUGGAUCGGGGUGGUUUUUGUUCUGCCAUAAUGAAAUUCCUCAUUUGACCAGGAUUUCCCCGUUCAUCCGGUAUUUUGACGCGUAGGAUAACAGCUGGCGUCCGGAUUGUGUGACGCUGACACAAAACACUCAUUUAUUUCUCACUUAGUUUAUUGGAAUCGUCGGGAAUAUUUUCUCCCAGUGUCUAUCUGAAUGGCUGCAGGCUCCAGCCUGAUUCUUGGGCGUUUCAGCGCGACGCGUUUUACGGAAUAAACCGCCGGAACGCUUUUUGUAUACAUGUAAAUUAUGUUGUCGUGCGUUAUCUGCCCGGUAAACGCGCAGCGGCGCGUCCGCUCUGGUUGAUGACAAUAGCGGAUUUUACAGCGACACGUCACACACCUCUGACGCGAUCAGAAUAAAAGAACACGCGAGUUCGGUUACCGGUUGGAAGAAAAAAAAAAAUGUCUCUCAGUAGAAGUAUCGAGCUCGAGCACUUUGACGAACGCGACAAGGCGCACCGCUCCAAACGCGCGUUGGGUGGUUCGGGCGAUCCGGGAUCGCAGCAGGGUUCCCGCGCGAGCAGUCUGGUACCGAGUCCCGCGCACAGCGCCAACUGCAGCUUCUACCGGACGCGGACGCUUCAAGCGCUCAGCUCCGAGAAACGCGCGAAGAAGGUGCGCUUCUACCGGAAUGGAGACCGGUAUUUCAAGGGUCUUGUGUACGCGGUGUCAAACGACCGCUUCAGGUCAAUGGACGCGCUCCUGGCGGAGCUGACGCGCUCGCUCGCGGACAACCUGCACCUGCCGCAAGGUGUGCGCAACAUCUACAGCGUGGACGGGUCGAAGAAGAUCGGGAGUCUGGAGGAACUCGUGGAAGGUGAGAGUUACGUGUGCGCCUCUAACGAGCCCUACAGAAAGGUGGACUACACGAAGAACGUCAACCCUAACUGGGGUUCUCGACAGGCGGGGGUGGGGCCAGUGGUCGGGGCAGGGCCUGUUGGCGGAGCCAUGCAUCAGGGGGCCCAGCGCGCAGCAGGGGAAGCAAGGGAGAGUAAAGACUUUAUCAAACCCAAACUUGUGACGGUGAUCCGGAGUGGCGUGAAGCCUCGGAAGGCCGUGAGAAUUCUGCUGAAUAAGAAAACGGCGCACUCGUUUGACCAGGUGCUCGCCGACAUCACAGAAGCCAUCAAACUGGACUCCGGUGUGGUGAAGAGACUGUACACACUGGACGGCAAACAGUUAACGAGUCUGCAAGAUUUCUUCAGCGACGACGAUGUUUUCAUCGCGUGCGGUUUGGAGAAGUUCCGUUACGCUCAGGACGACGCUGCAAUUGGACACGCAGGGAAGGGUGCCACGGCGGCGUUCGUUAACGAGUGUAAGAAAUCCAGACCAUCAGUUCCACCCAAGACAUCUGGGCCCAGAAGUUCUGGAGUGCCGAGAUCCAAAUCGCCUGUAUCUGCCAAUGAGGCUCCACAGAGUCAGUCUCCACCAGUGACGUCAUCGAAAUCUCCAGGCAGCCUCAGAGCUUCUGUUCUUCAGGCAUCUCCCUCUCUAUCUCCCACCAGAGAUCUUCAUGAUGUAGAAGACCUUAGUCCAGAGGUGAAUGGUAAUGAGGUUCAGUCGCCUGUCAUCACGGAGAAAUACAAAGUGGGUAAAGUCAUCGGAGACGGAAACUUCGCAGUAGUCAGAGAGUGUGUGAAGAGGUCUACAGGUCAGGAGUACGCACUAAAGAUCAUAGACAAACCCAAAUGCAUCGGAAAGGAGCACCUGAUAGCCAAUGAGGUGGCGAUACUACGGCGAGUGCAACACCCCAGUAUUAUUAUGCUAAUAGAGGAGCUGGACACGCCCACUGAGCUGUAUCUCGUCAUGGAGCUUGUUAAGGGUGGCGACCUGUUUGACGCGAUCACUUCCUCUACGAAGUACACGGAGCGAGACGCCAGUGCAAUGCUGUUCAAUCUGACCGGAGCGCUCCGAUAUCUGCACAGAAUGAACAUCGUACACCGAGAUAUUAAACCUGAAAACCUGCUGGUGUGUGAAUAUCCAGAUGGCACCAAGUCACUGAAAUUGGGUGAUUUUGGUCUGGCUACAGUCGUGGAGGGGCCGCUGUACACCGUCUGUGGAACGCCCACUUACGUCGCCCCCGAGAUUAUCGCAGAAACCGGGUACGGUAUGAAGGUGGACAUCUGGGCGGCGGGUGUGAUCACGUACAUCCUGCUGUGCGGGUUUCCUCCAUUCCGCAGCGAGACAAACCAGCAGGACGAACUGUUUGAACAGAUCUUACUGGGCCAACUGGAGUUUCCCGCUCCAUACUGGGACAAUAUCAGCGCCUCUGCUAAGGAUUUAAUUGGUAAAAUGCUGCAGGUGAAUGUUGGUGCUCGUUACACGGCUGAUGAGGUGCUGGAGCACCCGUGGGUGCAGGACGACGCAACGAUGGACACAAACAUGGCGUGUGAGACAGAAGAUGCAGUUGAAUCAGAAAUCACACACAAUGACAUGGAAGCAGCGCGCCAUCAUGGUAAACAGUUUUACAAUACACUUUUUAUUAUUACAUUAUUGAUUGAUAUUAAAGACUGACUUAUUAAGAAGGACAUGCUUUACAAAUACUGUGUGUGCGUGUGUCUGUCUGUCUGUGUGUGUCUGUCUGCGUGUGUGUCUGUGUCUGUGUGUCUGUCUGUGUGUCUGCGUGUCUGCGUGUGUGUCUGCGUGUCUGUCUGUGUCUGCGUGUCUGUGUCUGUGUGUCUGUGUCUGUGUGUCUGUGUGUGCGUGUCUGUGUCUGUCUGUCUGUGUGUCUGUCUGUGUGUGUGUCUGUCUGUGUGUCUGCGUGUCUGUCUGCGUGUCUGUCUGCGUGUCUGUGUGUGCGUGUCUGUGUGUGCGUGUCUGUGUGUGUGUCUGUCUGUCUGUGUGUCUGUGUGUCUGUCUGUGUGUCUGUCUGUGUGUCUGUGUGUGUAGAUGACAGCUGGCAGUAGCUGAUGAAUCUCUGGAUUUGAAGCCCUGAACACCAAAACCUCAAAACACCAACACUGAGACCAGACCGGACCAGACCAGACACUCUCAGUCCAUCAUUCUCACCAUUUGAUCAUUCUGGAGUAUACUGUAUUUGUUUAAUCGUCCGGUAAAAAUAUCUAAACAUUAUUAAAACAAGGUAAAUUUAGCAGAAAGAUAUGAAGUCUUGUUUUCAGUGAAAUCUAACAUCAUUUGGUGGUGUUUAUGCUUUAAAAUAAGAUAUAAAUAUUUGCCAGUGGGGCAAGAAAAAUACACUGUUUUCCUUUAGAAUUAAGUUUUUUCUUUUUUACCCCAAUGGCAAAUAUUUUUUUCUUGGUAUAAGCAUAAACGUUGCAAAAUUUGGUUCGAUUUCUCUGAAAACAAGACAAAAAAAUCUUGUCAUUUUGCUUCUCAAGUAAAUAUGUCUUGUUUUAAGAAUGUUUACAUACAGUAUUUUUCCUAGAAAUAAAAUAAAAUAAAAAAAUAUGAAGAAAUUAUAAUUUUUUUUUUUUGCAGCGCACCUCCCCCUAUGCAUACUUGCAUACUUCUCAUCCUAUUUCUGCAGUAUAUAGUGUGUAUACCGCGUGCAGUAUGUACAUUUUCUGAAUGCAUGAAUUAGCAGGAUUUGUUAAAUGUGCAGUAAACUGAGCAAACUGUCAGGGUUCCCAAACAUCCUGGAAAUCCUGGAAUUUUGCAAUGCACUUUUCCAGUCACGGAAAAUGAGAAAAACACCUAAAUGUCCUGGAAAAUAUUUUAGUGUUAAAAAAACAGUUCGAAUGCAAAUUUUAUUCAUUCCAACACUGCUGUAAUGUACAGAAAAAUAUUUGAGUUGUAAACUUUAGACAAUGACGACGGUCGGACCGCACGCCCCGAGGUGGUAGUGUGGUGAUGCGGCCUUUACACCUCGAUAUGUAAAUUAAUUUUCAAUAAUUCAACGAUCGGAGUCUGCUUGCACACAUGUAGGGCCCCUAUGAUUUCAGCGAUGCGGAAAACACGGACGGAAUCACUGAAUCCAGCCCUAAAACUUGCAUUGGCUAUAAAAUGUCACAGAAUUUGACAGGUUUGGGAGGAAAGUGAAUGUUUGAAUGCACAAUUAAUCCAAUUAAAAUCUCGAUAUGUCCAAGUGUGAUUAUUAAACCCCAAAAAGCUGUGAUUUCACUAAAUAAAUGUAUAAUCUGCAUGUGCUGCGUGCUUCAAAAUGAAUGUGUGAAGUGCCGCUUGUACGCUGAAAACACCUCAUCAUGAGCAUCACACGUGCACCGUGUGUUUAUAUGUAGUAGAUGACAGUGAGCAGAGCGCUCUGAAGCACGCAGCACAUAAAGACUAUAUAUUUAUUUAAUUAAAUCACAGCUUUUUGGGGUUUAAUUGUCACACCGGGACAUGUUGCACUUACAACUGCUUAUCCGGAGGUGAGAAACUACCAUCAAAAACACACAGAAAUGCCAAAAUAAAAGCCUUGAUUUUAAUGGACGUACGAAAUGGAAAAAAAAAAGAUCCUGUUUAAUUCAGUUAAAUAAUAAAACUAAAGCAACAUCGGAAGUCAUUUCUGCGGUUUAUUAUUUGAUCAAAUGGGUAUCGGAAACGUUAAGACGUGUUUACACAAAAUUGGAUUUAAGAUGCAAAAUGUAUUCCUUUCUGAACUCAGCCAUUCUCUCCUCUACAUUCAUUUUCUCCAGUAAUGUCAUCCAUGUUCCGGUCUGUUCAAAGGAGCUUCAACUAAACCAGCGACCUCAACUAUUACUGUACUGUGCCAUUUUUCUCUCUAUCUCUCCUGUACUGCCUUUCAAUCUCGAUCUCUCUCUGUAUAUAUGCUGUCGAUGUCUAGUCCAUCAGUAGAAUUCCAUUACAGACAUUUGUGUCUUUCUGAGCUCGUUUGAAAACAGAACGAGUGUGUGCGAUUGUGACUGUAGCAGCCCACACAGGAUCUAUUAAUCUGGCUCUUUUAUUCACAGAUUAAACCGAGUUUAAAUCUAUUCCACAAAAUUCCAUAUAUUUUCCACCUGAAUUGGUGCAGAAACUGUAAAUCAAGUCUACGGAUUGUGUGUAAGCUGGGUCUGUACUGAACGAAUGAAAACUGAACUAGAGGUUAGACCGAUAUAUCGGUUUUACCGAUUAAUCGGUGCCGAUAGUUACUUUUUGGAACUUUUUUUUCCCUUUUUGUCCCGGCCACAGAGAAACAUGGAGGAAUAAUAAUAAUAAUAAUAAAAAAAUAAAAAAACUAUUGGCAUACAUUUUUUCCGAUAACCGAUAGUUUUAAAAAAUAUAAUUAUUCCUACCACACCUGGAGUCGCGAGUUCGAACUCCAGUCAGGUCUCCUAAGCAAUCAAAUUGGCACAGUUGCUAGGGAGGGUAGAGUCACAUGGGGUAACCUCCUCGUGGUCGCUAUAAUGUGGAUCUCGCUCUCAGUGGGGCAUGUGGUGAGUUGUGCGUGGAUGCCGCA